AUGGACUUGUUGACUACUUUGGAUGAAGAAACUUUGGCGCUGAUCUUACGGCUCCAGAUCGACGACAGUGUCGAGCUUUGCCCUUUGGCAGAAGCCAAGGGCAAGGGACGUGAAGGAGACUUAUCGGACUCUCAAUUGGCCUUCAAGGUCUACAGAGAGGAUCUGGAACGCAAUGCAGUUAUGUUAAAGGACCGCGUCAUUACGAAGAGCAUCGCUCGUGCAUGCCAGACUGAUGGCAACAUUCUCACCGCUUCCCUUGCCCAGGAACAGACAGCCAGUUCUGACAGAGAAACUGCUUGUAGGCUUGGUGGUACUCAGCUGCCAGUACCAGUCGAGCCGUGGACCGUAUCUUCGGAAUUCCUGGACGAUGAGAUCUUAGGAAAGCUCUCUGCCUUAUAUGUCACCAGUCCUCUUGAAGACCCUGUCUCCGAAGAUGAUACCCUGGAGCUAAUUGUUGGAGCAGAGUCUUCUGGGUGGGCUACCUCGAGGAGGCAAACAAAGCGAUCUAGACGACAAUGUACCGCCUGUCAAGACACAUUCAUCUUCUGCGAACUGGGGCGUGCUUCUUGUGGUCACGAGUACUGCCGUGGUUGUCUCCAUGAGCUAUUUUCAGCUUCUAUAACAGAUGACUCGCUCUUUCCUCCUCGAUGCUGCCGCCAGCCAAUUACUUGCGGGGGUGGCAUGCGCCUGUUCCUAACGACAGACCUCGUUCGACAAUACGAGGCGAAGAAGGUUGAGUUCGAGACUGCGGACCGGACAUACUGUUCGAACACUACAUGUUCAAUCUUCAUUCGUAUAGAACAUAUCGCCAAAGAGAAAGCCUAUUGUCCUGAAUGUAGUACCUUGACCUGUGUUAUCUGCAAGUCCGGAUCCCAUCUUGGGGACUGCCCAGAAGACACUGCACUCCAGCAAGUCCUAGAAACAGCACAAGAAAACGGAUGGCAGAGAUGCUUUAACUGUCGUCGUCUAGUAGAACUAGAAAUCGGUUGUAAUCAUAUGACUUGUACCUGCGGAGCACAAUUUUGUUAUUUGUGUGGAGAAAAGUGGAAAACCUGUGGAUGCUCACAGUGGGAUGAGAAUCGUCUGCUCGCUCGGGCUAAUCAAGUGGUUGCACGCCAACCUGCUGCACCUGUUCCGCAACAAGCAGCGCGCCUUGCAGCCGUCGUGCAAGAUCUCAGGCAUAGACACAACUGUGACCAUGAAAGCUGGAGAUAUGUUGGUGGGCAACACCAAUGUGAGCAAUGUCUACACACGCUACCAUCGUACAUCUUCGAGUGUCGGCAAUGCCAUAUGCAGGCAUGCAAUAGGUGCAGGAGGAAUAGACUAUGAGCUCUUCACUUGAAUUGCUCUCAAAAAUGACAUCCUUUUAGAUAGUACCAUCGG